AUGACUCGGAUGUCCGAAACGACACCCCUCUUCUUUCACUCUCGGGACCAGGAUACCCAAUACUCAGGGAUAUCAGACCCCGAUGUCGUCUUGAACAAGGACAAGGAUGUUGUCAAGCCCUCUUUUAUCCCUUCGACUGGUCAUGCAACACCUCUGGUGGACGAACCGUCGUCCUCGGAAACACCGUGCAGGUGUUGUGGCCAUUGCUCCGAGUAUCAGGCCACUCGCACCACCAAAUCCGCCUCAGAUACCUGGAGGAACACUCUGUUGUCGUGGUACCACUCUGACUUUGUCUCCUUGAGCCUGGAGAACUCUGGAAGUGUUGCCCGCGAUCAUCUCGCCUCAGAGCGAACUUUCCUGGCUUACGUGCGGACAAGCCUCGCGGUUGCAUCGUCCGGCGUUGCUCUCAUUCAACUCUUCACAGUGGCAUCGAAUCAUCAUUCCCAACCUGACGGCGUUCUUCCAUUCCUCUCAGGCCCGAUAGAGCCGUAUGUGCGACCAUUGGGGGCAGCGACCAUCCUCGUCGGGCUAAGUGUUUUGAUUAUCGGUGUUUUCCGUUACUUCAUAAUUCAGUCAUCCUUAACGAGAGGCAACUUCCCCGCUGCCCGAAUGGGCGUAGGAUUUGUAACCGUCUCAAUGACUGCCCUAGUGACAGUAACAUUCAGCAUCUUGCUAGCGGGCAGGUUACACCCAGGGCCUAAUCUGCGGACGUGAUCUGCCUCCAUCACCGUCUACAUCGCGACAAGUCGGUCGCUUCUGGGACGGACAAGUUUCCUUUCUUUCCAAUCAAACUAAUGGUUAUAGUCUACACGGGUUUAUAGGAUAGGCUCUACUUCUAUUGCGCAUCCCAACGUUUCCAGGCUUUCCCCCUCGCACUCUCUAUUAUCUGGAUAUUCUCUUUGCCUACUCAAUUCCGGUUGGAUUUACCACCAGAUAUCCUGUGACGUGCAUUGCACCUUCAUACAGCAUUGCCAAUAUAUACCAGCGUUAUUGCA